AUGGAUAAUACGGAUCUGGGAGUGCUGUGCGCUCUAAUCCUGGCGAUUGCCAUCUAUUUGAAACGAGAACAAAUCAAGGAGUUUAUUUCAUCGAAUGAUGACGACAUUAUGGCUUCUAAUUCCGAUUCUCGAGAUGUAGUACAAGUUCUUCGUGAAAAUAAUAAGAACUACUUGGUACUGUUUGCAUCGCAAACUGGUACAGCAGAGGACUAUGCCAAAAAAUUCGCCAAGGAAUUGGCUUCCAAAUUUUCUUUGAAGGUGAUGUGUGGUGAUAUUGAACAGUAUGAUUUUGAAAAUAUAAAUGAACUACCUGAUAAUGUGUUUGUGACUCUGUUCAUCUCUACUUAUGGCGAAGGUGACUUUCCUGAUGGAGCUGUGCAAUUUGAAGAUUUCAUUUCCAACGCCAGUGAAGGUUCUUUGGAUACUUUGAAAUUCUCCUUGUUCGGUCUAGGUAACUCAACUUAUGAGUUUUACAAUGGUGCUGCUAGAAAGGCUUUGGACUAUUUGAAAGCCGCUGGUGCCACUCUAGUGGGUGAUUUCGGACAAGGUGAUGACGGUGCUGGAACCACCGAUGAGGAUUACAUGACUUGGAAGGGAAACACUUUCGAGACUUUAAAGGAUAAACUACAUUUGGAUGAACAUGAACAAAAAUUCGAACCAUCUUUUGUUCUGAAAAAACUAGAGUCAAUUGACGAUAAUGUCGCUGUCGGUGAACCAUCGCUGCACUACUUGCCAUGUAACAAGCUUACUUAUAACUCUGAGAAGGUACAAGUGGGUCCAUUCGACUUGUCUCAACCAUUCAUUGCUCCCGUGGUGAAAACCUACGAAUUGUUCAAAAACACUGACCGUAACUGUAUUCACACUGAGUUUGACGUCUCUGGUUCCAAUAUCAAGUACUCCACUGGUGACCAUUUGGCCGUCUGGCCGUCGAAUGCCACUGAGAAAGUUGAUCAAUUCUUGAAAGUGUUCAACUUGGACCCAGGUAUGAUUUUUGAUCUAAAACCUCUCGAUUCCACCAUUAAAGUUCCUUUCCCUACUCCAACCACUGUUGGUGCUGCAGUCAGACAGUACUUGGAGAUAAGUGGACCAAUCUCCAGACAGAUCUUUGGUCAAUUGGUUCAAUUUGCUCCAAACCAAGAUAUAAAGCAAAAACUGAUAGAUUUAUCCACUGAUAGAGAUCAAUUUGCCAUUGAAAUCACUGCCAAGUAUUUCGACUUGGCCGACGCACUAUUACGUCUUUCUGAAGGUAAACCAUGGUCUACCGUUCCUUUAGAGUUUUUGGUCGAAACCAUUCCUCAUUUGCAACCUCGUUAUUACUCCAUCUCAUCUUCUUCUUUAUCUGAAAAGCAAACAAUUCACAUAACUUCCGUGGUUGAAAACUUCCCAAAUCCAUCCAGUGAUGUCGAGGGCAAUGUUACCGGUGUAACUACUAACCUUUUGAGAAAUAUCCAACUUGCUCAAAACAAGCAAGAAACCAAAGACUCUAUGCCAGUUCAUUAUAAUCUAAACGGUCCUCGUGAUCUUCUUGCUGGUUUCAAGCUACCUGUUCAUGUUCGUCGCUCAACUUUCAGAUUGCCAUCUAAUCCUGCAACCCCAGUUAUCAUGGUCGGUCCAGGUACCGGUGUAGCACCAUUCCGUGGCUUCGUUAGAGAACGUGUUAAAUUCUUAGAAAAGCAAGAGAACAUCAAGUUAGGUAAACACAUCCUAUUUUAUGGUUCUCGUAAUCAAGAUGAUUUCCUAUACCAAGAUGAAUGGCCUGAGUACUCCAAGAAACUUGAUGGGGCUUUUGAAAUGAUCGUAGCUCACUCGAGAUUGCCAAACGCCAAGAAAGUAUACGUUCAAGACAAGCUACUCGAACGUGAAGAUGAAGUGUUUGAUAUGAUCAACAACGGUGCAUUCAUCUACAUUUGUGGUGAUGCCAAGGGUAUGGCUCAAGGCGUUCAUACCUCCUUGGUGGAUAUAUUAACACGCAAGAAAGCGAUUGCUAAGGAGGAUGCCGCUGAAAUAAUCAAGAUGUUGAAGACCACUGGUAGAUACCAAGAGGAUGUUUGGUAA